AUGGGUAAGUUCGCCCAGCUUAUUGUUGAUUGCUUGGUCAGUUGUCGUUUUUUUCAGUUACUGUACGUAGUUGGCUUGACGACGGCCGGAGGCGUGGGACUCUUCUAUGCAUUGGAAAAGACUGUAAGCGCCAGCGGCUUUCUAGCCGUACCGAUUCCUCAUCUGCCAUGGUUUCACAGCGGACUCUUCCACGGAUACGACUCCGCAUCGCUAAGAAGAGGCUACCAGGUGUACAAACAAGUAUGCUGUGCGUGCCACAGCAUGAAGCAGUUGCGUUAUCGGCACUUCAUAGACGUGUUUCUUACUGCUGACGAAGCAAAGGACGAAGCUGCCGAGAUCCGAGUGCAGGACGGUCCAAAUGACCAGGGCCAAAUGUUCAUGCGCCCGGGGACUGUGAACGAUUAUCUGCCCAGUCCUUAUCCGAACGAAGUUGUGGGGAGGAAUGCGAAUCAUGGCCUUUAUCCGCCUGACCUGUCGUUGAUCACUUUGGCGCGACAUCGCGGAGAGGACUACAUAUUUAUGCUGCUCACAGGGUACACUGAGGCACCCGCUGGAAUACAUUUAGAGUCUGAUCAGCACUACAAUCCGUACUUUCCCUCUGGAGGAGCCAUUGGUAUGGCGCCGGCGCUUUUCGAUGAAAUGAUCGAAUACAGUGACGGUACUCCGGCAUCUGUUAGUCAGAUGGCGAAGGAUGUCUGCAGUUUCCUCAAAUUUUGUUCUGAACCAGAACUAAACGACCGUAAAAGAUAUGCCAUAAAGGUAAGUUUUCUCCGAAUUGUAUUCUCAGAAUUGCUUUUGUAUUCACGGGCAUUUGUGUCAAUUUGUUUAUCUGUACAAUUCUGGAGCAGCAUCUAG